AUGGCGGACAAGAUGGUGGAUAAGAUGGACAUUGAUGCCGUCAAUGGCGAGAAGGAGGAAGUAAAGGUCGGCCCGGCGCCAAACCUCCCAGCAGAGCGGAUCAUCAUCAACAACUUCAACCUCAUCAACCAAGCCGUCGACGCCUUCGAUGCCCGCUUCACACUCCGCGCCCUCCGAAGUAUAGCGACCAUCCGUAAAGCAGACAACUUCGCCGAGGCCAUUGCUGUUGGUAUUAAGACGGCCUUCCCCAAGCCACGGGAUAAUGCUCGGAGGGUGCUCGAGGAUAUGCUGCCGGAGCGUGUGAGGACUGCGCCUGGAGCGGGCAGUGAGGCGAACGGGAAUGCGAAGGAGCAGGAUAUCGCUGAGAUUGCCGAGGUGUGGGCAUACUUGGGUGUGCUGAUUCAGGUCUACCUCUACGACCACCAAGAGUACAAGAAGGGCGCCAACUUCAGCACAAAUUUUGUCGAAAAGGUCCGCUCCUUCAAUCGCCGAACCAUGGACGCCAUCGGAGCCAAAGCCUACUUCUACUUCUCCCUCUUCCACGAGAAUCUCGACCCCAAACCACCCUCCAAACAAUCCCCCGUUAUCGGCAUCCGCCCCAGUCUCCUCGCCGCCCUCCGCAGCGCCGUCAUUCGCAAAGACGCCGAAACCCAAGCAGCCGCCACCGUCCUCCUCCUUCGCAACUACAUCUCCACAGCCGAUAUCACCCAAGACGACCUCCUUGUAGCCCAAACCCAAUUCCCCACGUCCGCCGCCAACAACCAAGUCUGCCGCUACCUCUACCACCUCGGCCGUAUCCGCGCCAUCCAGCUCGCCUACACCGACGCCCACGACCACCUCGAAUCCGCCACCCGCAAAUCCCCCACCACGGGUCCCGCCGUCGGCUUCUACCAACAAUCCACCAAACUCCUCAUCGUCGUCGAACUCCUCAUGGGCGACAUCCCCUCCCGCAGCCUCUUCCGCCAACCCAGCCUGGAAGCCGCCCUGCACCCGUACUUCAAACUCGUGCAAGCGGUCCGCGUCGGCGACCUCCAAGCCUUCCUCAAAUGCACCGGCACCUACGAACCUCAAUUCCGGCAAGACGGCACGUACACCUUAAUCCUCCGUCUCCGCCAAAACGUCAUCAAGACCGGCGUCCGCAUGCUCUCCCUCUCCUACUCCCGCAUCAGCCUACGCGACAUCUGCACCCGCCUCGGGGUCUCCAGCGAAGAAAGCGCGGAAUACAUCACCGCCAAAGCGAUCCGAGACGGGGUGAUCGAAGCCUCUCUGGACCACCAAAACGGGCAUCUCGUCACCGUCCCCGCGAAGGACGCGUACAGUACUACGGAACCUAGUGAGGCGUUUCAUGCGCGCAUCGAGGCGUUGUUGGGGAUGAGGGAUGAGUGUGUCAUGGCGAUGAGGUAUCCGAUGAAUAAGCAUCGGCAGGAGAUUGCCGAGGCGGCGAAGGCGAGGGAGCGGGAGAGGGAGUUGGCGAAGGAGAUUGUGGAGGGGGAUGCGGAGGGGGAUGAUGGGGACGACGGGGGGUUUGAGGGGAUGUAG